AAGGAAGCUCUGAAGAACUUUUGAGCACAACCAAAAAAAAAAAAACGUAAAUCUCGACGAAUCAAUGGAGGGCGACGACGAAUCUAACGGACCGAUGAUGGAGCUGUGCACCAACGGAGGAGGCGAAGAGACGUCUAAUCGGAGACCUAUCAUAACCGGCGAGCCACUGGACAUCGAAGCUUACGCGGCGAUGUACAAAGGGAGGACGAAGAUAAUGCGCCUAAUCUUCAUCGCUAACCAUUGCGGAGGAAACCAGACGAUGCAGCUCGAAGCGCUGAGGAUGGCUUACGACGAGGUCAAAAAGGGAGAGAACACGCAGCUGUUUAGAGAUGUGGUCAGUAAGAUCAACGGGAGGCUUGGGGACAAGUACGGGAUGGAUUCGGCGUGGUGCGAAGCGAUCGAUCGUCGCGCUGAGCAGAGGAAAGGGAAGCUGGAGAACGAGCUCAGUUCGUAUCGGACGAAUCUGAUCAAGGAAAGCAUUAGGAUGGGUUAUAAUGACUUUGGUGACUUCUACUACGCUUGUGGUUUGCUUAAUGAGGCUUUCAAGAACUAUAUUCGAACGCGGGACUACUGCACUACGGCUAAGCACAUUAUUCACAUGUGUAUGAAUGCUAUUCUUGUAAGCAUCGAGAUGGGACAGUUCAGUCAUGUUUCAAGCUAUGUUAACAAGGUUGAUCAGAAUCCAGAAACACUUGACCCUAUUGUAGCUGCGAAGCUCCGAUGUGCUUCUGGGUUGGCUCACUUGGAGCUGAGGAAGUAUAAGCUCGCUGCUCGUAAGUUUUUGGAUGUUAAUCCAGAACUCGGGAGUUCUUAUAACGAGGUCAUUGCUCCUCAAGAUGUUGCGACCUAUGGAGGACUUUGUGCUUUGGCUAGCUUUGACCGAUCAGAAUUGAAGGCAAAAGUGAUUGACAACAUCAACUUCCGGAAUUUCUUGGAGUUAGUGCCUGAAGUGAGGGAAUUCAUCAACGAUUUUUAUUCAAGCCGCUAUGCAUCCUGUCUGGAGUAUCUAGGAAGUCUCAGAGCGAAUUUGCUGCUGGACAUCCAUCUCCAUGAUCACGUUGACACGCUUUAUGACCAGAUAAGGAAGAAGGCAUUGAUCCAGUACACACUGCCGUUUGUGUCCGUUGAUUUGAGCAGGAUGGCUGAUGCGUUCAAGACCAGCGUGUCUGGUCUAGAGAAAGAACUUGAAGCCUUGAUAACAGACAACCAGAUACAGGCACGGAUUGACUCGCACAACAAAAUCCUCUACGCAAGGCACGCGGAUCAGAGGAGCGCAACUUUCCAGAAGGUGCUUCAGAUGGGUAACGAAUUUGAUAGAGAUGUGAGGUCGAUGAUGUUGAGAGCCAACCUUCUUCAACAUGAGUAUCAUGCCAAAGGUAGAAAGCCUUGAGAGGGAGGGACGACAUCUGUUUGCCUAAUCUGGAGAGGUACUGGCCUAUUUCAAGAUCGUAAAGAUGUUUAUGGAAGAUUGAUUUGGUCUUGUUAUUAUUGGUUAGAUGUACGUCUAAUCAUCUCGGCGCUCUCGUUAUUGCUUUGUUUUCUCAAACUUUUAUUUUCUGAUACCCUUGAAACUUUUAUAUAAAUUUUGGUGUCUGAAGCUGA